CGGGCGCCUGGGCGCGCUUUCGAAAACUGUGUCCUCUCUAUUUGUGUCCGUUGCAGCUCCGAGGCUUUAGUUCUCCUGCCCUAAACCUGCGGCCCCCGGGGCGGCGGGACCCCGCGCAGCCAUGAGGAGGACCCGUGAGGAGGUGGACGCGACGCUGCAGAUCGCCAAGCUGGACGCGGCCGAGCUGCUGCCCGCCGUGCACUGCCUGGGCUUCGGGCCCCGCGCUUGCGGCGCCGCCGCUGGCGACUUCGGCCUAUUGGAGCUGGAGCCCGCGCUGUGCCAGCAGCUGGAGGCCGGACACGGUUUUGUGAUUCGUGGUGAUAAAGAUGAGCAGGCUGUGCUGUGCAGUAAAGACAAAACAUAUGACUUGAAAAUAGCAGACACUUCCAAUAUGUUGCUCUUGAUUCCUGGUUGUAAAACUGCAGACCAGCUGAAGAUGGAGGAAACACAGUGUAACAUUAUUCACACUGAGAUCUUUGGUUUUUCUAAUAAUUAUUGGGAAUUAAGAAGAUGCAGACCUAAAUUAAAGAAGCUAAAGAAGCUUUUGAUGGAAAAUACCUACGAAGGACCUGAUAGUCAAAAAGAGAAGGAUUCAAAUCACUCAAAAUAUACAACUGAAGAUUUGCUUGAUCUAAUUCAGGCAAGUGAGGAAGAAAUAAUGGCCCAGUUACAAGCUCUGAAUACUUGUGAGAUUGGAGGUUAUUGGAGGAUUCUGGAAUUUGAUUAUGAGAUAAAACUUCUGAACCAUGUGACUCAGCUUGUGGAUUCUGAAUCUUGGUCUUUUAGUAAAGUUCCUUUGAAUAUAUGUCUUCAGGAACUUGGACCAUUGGAGCCCGAAGAAAUGAUCGAACACUGUCUUAAAUGUUAUGGAAAGAAAUAUGUAGUGGAAGGCGAAGUUUAUUUUGAGCUGAGCACUGAUAAAAUAUGCAGAGCAACAGCACAAAUGCUACUUCAGAAUGCAGUGAAAUUUAAUCUUGCUGAGUUUCAAGAAGUGUGGCAACAAAGUGUUCCUGAAGGAAUGAUAACUAGGCUCGAUCAGCUUAAGGGUUUAGCCUUGGUGGAUAGACACUCAAGACCAGAAAUCAUAUUUUUGCUAAAAGUAGAUGAUUUACCUGAGGAUAAUCAGGAACGUUUUAAUAGUCUAUUCUCUCUAAGGGAGAAGUGGACAGAAGAAGAUAUUGCUCCAUAUAUUCAAGAUUUGUGUGGAGAGAAGCAAACUAUAGGUGCAUUACUCACUAAAUAUUCUCGAUCUUCAAUACAAAAUGGUGUGAAAGUUUAUAAUUCAAGAAGACCCAUUUCUUAAAAGAACAACAGUCUGUUCAUUUGGGACUAAAGUUGCCUCAUAAUGUUGCUGGUUAUAAAAAAAGAUUAUUUUAUGUAUUAUAUUCCAGACUUUUAAAAAACUUGUUGCUUUGAAGCAUUUUGCUCAUCUUAAGCAUUUUGAAAUGAUGGCUCUUUUUUUUCCUUAAAUAUAAUAGGGUAUUUCUUUAUUUUUCAAGUUAUGUAUGUAUGAUGCACAUAGGAUAAAUGAGUACAAAAAAGUUUUUUUCCCUGUAUUUAGUAUAUCUCUGUAGUCUAUGGUUUUAUUUAUAGAAAAAUAAUUCUGUCUUUUUUAUAUUUAAAAUUGCAUUCCUUUAAUUAGGAUUUGGCAUUCUUUCAUUAAUAAAUCUAUCAGUUUUUCAGAGAACUAGAUAGUAAUAAUUUUCUAGAAGAGAAUUCUUUAUUCACUUAAAUAUCAUUUCUCAAGUGAAUCCCCCUCCACUUUCAACCUUCCUCCGAAACGAAGUCAUUCCGUGCUACCAGUUAUCAAAUGAGUUGUUUGCGUUGAUGACAUUGGCUUGGUAAUUGCUGCCCUGUUGCCUGGAUGGUGCAGACAGGCACACUUUAGGUUGAAAUAGAUUUGAUCCUCUAUUCUAGGUGAAGAAUACUAAUAGCAGUUUAUAAUCCAAAUACUGACACAGGUAAUUCUCACUAGAAAACUACAAGUAAUUUCUAGCUGGCUUUGUUAUGCUUGAUAAAGUUCCUUUGUAGCUUUGUUGUUCUAAUUUGUUUUCGCCUAGACCAAACUUCAAAUUAAUUUUACUUCGGCUAAUGAAGUUGUCAUCAGGUCAGUUGCAGGGUGGAUGCACUAAAGUUAAAUCAGGUCCACGUUUUGAAAAAAUUAAAGGACAAUCCACAAUUAACCAAGACUUAACUGUUUUUAAACUUAUUCUUAUAUACAUGAAAUGCAAAUACGUCUUUAAAAUAUUUGUCCUGACUGAUGGACAGUGACUGCAUUGGGGUAUGGGUGGGCACUUGAUAAUAUGGGUAAAUGUAGUAACCACAUUGUGUUUUCAUGUGAAACCUUCAUAAGAGUGUAUAUCAAUCAUACCUUAAUAAAAAAUUUUUAAAAAUA